AUGAAAUCAUGUGAAGAGCUGCUGGGCUCCUUCCAGUCCACCCUGGAUGAGAUCACCAUCAUAGCCCUGCCCCAGGACGACACGGCACCGGGGCCGGGGGGCGCCGCCAGCGACCAGCGGGGCCCAGGCGGCGGGCCCCUGCCGGCGCGCACCGGGGUGCCGUCGGCGGCGUUCAGCGGGGGCGGCGGGCCCGGGCGGGGCGGAGGGAUGGGGGGUGGCGGCGGCGGCAAGGCUGUGCGAAUUCAGAGCUUUGUGGACCCCGCCAAGGGCGCCAGCUCCAGCUCCCUUCGCACCCAGCUGGACGUUGACACGGGCGGCCUGUUCCUGGCCUACAGCCACGCCUCUGGUGGCGCCUCUGACGCCACAUUCAACCUCAAGGACCUCAGGGCUCUUCUAGGCCUGUGUGAGGCCAUGGGUGCCGAGAUCACGCUGCGCUUCGACGGCCCGGGGGCGCCCCUGCAUGCGGAGCCACACUUCAGGGGCGCAGGGGACGCGGUGGGUGGGGGCGCGGAUGUGGACUACACGGCUGAGCUGGUGCUGGCCACCCUCAUGGAGUCGGCACUGCCACCAGACCUGCAGGCAGCACGCGGCGGGGGUGGGGGCGCGGGGGGCGCGGGCGCACCCUCCCAGGCCGCCCCCGGCGGGCAGCACGAGCACGCCGGCGGCGGCGGCGCAGGUGCGGCUGGCGGCCCCGGAGCGGCCGGGCGCGGCGGCGGCGCGGAGGAGACGCCGGCGCCGGGCGCGUGGCGGGCUGGGGCGGGGGCGGCGGCGCCGACGCCGAGCGGUGUGCCCGGGGACACGCCCUGGGGCCGCACGGGAGGCACGGGUGCGCGGGCGCCGCCCACCACCGCUACCAGCAACCGGAUGGAGGCCAUGAUCCGGUUCAGGCAGCAGCAGCAACAGCAACAGCAGCCCACGGGGCCCUCGCAGCAGCAGCAGCAGCAGCAGCAACAGCAGCAGCAGCAGCAGCGCGUCCCGCCGCCGGCACGCGCACCGUCGGGCGGUGCGGCCCCCGCCCCGUCCGCCGACGCGCCGCCUCUGCCGCCCCCGCAGCAGCGCGUGAGCCGAAUGCAGCGGCUGCGGCAGCGGAUGGAGGAGGAGGAGCGCGCCGCGGAGGAGCAGGGGCGGCGGGGAGCAUACUCCCGAUACAGCAUCCCGGGGCGCUCCGCCGCCACCGCCAGCGGGGCUGGCGGCGGCGGGAGCGGCAGCGGCGGCGGCGAUGACGCUACAGGCGGGCUCGAUGGGCGGCCUGCUGGCAGCUUUGCCAGCGCUGGGCUUGCGGCUGGCGCUGAUCCGCAGCAGGAGCAGCAGCCGGCGGCCAGGGGGGCGAGUGGGCCGGCCUCGUGGCGGCAGAACGCAGUGCCACCUGGCGCAGGCGGCGGCAGCCCGGAGGAUCCCGAGGCCCUCCCUCCCCAGCGCACCUCGGCGCACGCCUCGCGCUCCGCAGCCGCUUCCGUAGGAGGCAGUGGCGGCGGCCAGCAGCAACGCCCGCAGCAGCAGCAGCAGCAGCAGCAGCAGCAGCAGCAGCAGCAGCAGCAGCAGCAGCAGGACGGGGAGUACCCGCCUGCAGCCUGGCUGCCUAGCAUCAACACUGCUGUCCAGCAGCGGCAGCUAGUCCAGCAGCACCAGGAGCAGCAGCAGCAGCAUGACCUGAUGGCGGUUGGGGGUGAUGACGAGGACGAGGAGCUGCCAGAGACGCCCCCUGGUGAUGCAGCCGGCGAUGAUGGUAUGCUGUGA